AUGGGGUCUGACAACGAUCUCGGCCUGUCAGCGGAGUUUGGCGGGGGGAAGGAGAGUGGUGAGGCUGUCAAGAUGGGUGGAAGAUGCUCCAAGUGUUCAAAGAAGGGACAUCAGGCUACAGUGUGUAAGGCGGAGGUGUACUGUGUGAUUUGUGACUCGCAUGAUCACAUGAAUCACAGAUGUCCUCUCCUCAAGGCGCCGAGGCCUGUGGCUCAUGCUGCGGGUUAUGCUGUGAUGGGUUUGGGAUUCUAUCAUAUCCCUCAUCCGACAUUGCCCAGGGUGAAGAAGGAUUCCAAGAUGGCUCGAGUGUCAGUAGUUGGGGGUACUCUGUCAGGCGACCAACUGAUCAUGCAGCUAAAGAGGGUUGUGCCAGUUAAAUGGAAUUGGGAGCUAAAGGAUCUUGGAGAAGGUAAAUUCCUUACCCAGUUCCCUUCCAAGACCGAGCUACAACGUUCGAUUGCUUAUGGAGGGGCUGAUGCGAAGGGAGAGGGAGUGCCAGCUGUGGGGUCCCUGUUGGGUUCGACUCAAACAGUGAACAUGGAGACCACACGGAAAAACAAGUUUGGUCGAAUCUUGGUCGCUGUACUUGAUCCUAAGCUGAUUCCAAGGAAGCUGGAUGUAGUUAUUGGUGACCACUAUUUUGACUUGGAGUUUGAAGUUGAGAAGAGAGGUUUUGAUGAGAACGGAGAGGAGGCUAACGUUGAGUGGGAUGGUGGAGAGGAUGAGGGGGAAGGAGAGGGGAAGAAGCAGGGUUCGAACAGCGAAAACGGUCUUGAUGAUGACCAAUCAAACAAGAGGACUAACAAGCGUGCUAAAGGGAAUGAUGGGGGAGACAGUGGGGAGGGGAAAAGGAAUGAUUCUCAGUCUGAGAUGGGGGCUUCAGCUAAUAAGGGACACUUUUUGAGUGAAGAUGGGUUUCUGGAGUUUCUUAAUUGGAAGGCCAGCAAGGUGAUCGAGGUAGUUGUGGAUGAGGUUUUGGAGGAUGCAGCCACAAAGGUGCAGGCGAUGGAGGUGGAAGAGGGUGCAGCUGUAUCUCAGAUGGAAGAGUUGGAGAAAGUUCCAGAGGUGGGUGCGGAGGCAGAAGGAAAGGGACGCUGCAUGACGGUGGCCUAG